AUGGAAAAGUCUUCACCGGCAAGUGUAACGGAAGUACUACAAGAAACACCAGCUGUAAAUACAGAUUAUGGUGCAGAAAAAAAAAUAAACAACGAUGUGGAGUUCAUACCACCAAUGGACGUUGAUGGACCAGGAUUUUUACAGAAAUAUUUGAGAUCCCAGUCACCUAGUGAGCUAUGCGACGCACAAAUGUUUAGUGAGGAUGAAGUUUUCCGCAUAGAUCGGAAUGGCAAAGUAAAAUUUGGCAUUGUCCUUGAAACAGUUGAUACUAAUUCUGGUGGUGAAGAAGAGGAAGAAGAUUAUGAACGAAAUCUUAAUAAAGGGGAAGUUCGUGUUAGUUUCUAUCCAGAAGGCAAACGUGUUAUCUACAGAGAAAAUGCGAUUGGACUAGUCGAUCGCUCGUUUAUGCUUGGUGACAUAGUUCGUAGAUUGGUUAAAGGUAUGGACACACAACGUGGUUAUGUGCAAGAAGUUAAAAUAAAUGCCGAUGUGAAAGUAUGCGGUAGUAAAUAUGUGGUGACAAAUAUAUCAUCUGAGAGAUUGUCAGACUUAACAGACUUAUAUAAUGAAUGUGUAGUGGUGAUGGGUCCAUGGGUCGGUACCGUUAAAGAAGUUGAGGAAAGAGCAGUAUUAAGAUCCACUAGCGGUGUGCGUUUUGAUUUGGAUUCAACUGAAUUUGAUAACUUUAACGAUAACCGUUCUGCAAAUGGUACAGUGUUUAAUACUCAUUUUUUCUAUCCUGGUAAUACAGUUAUUGGUCGCCCACAUCAAAUGUCAAGUGUUAAAUUAUUGCCACCAUUUAAACCAUUACCUUUCGAUAUUAGAGGCAAAGCUAUUAAAGCACAAUAUACAGUUGAGUCACUUUAUGUACAGAGUGCAUGGGUGCAUUGGCAGUGUAGAGCAUUGUCUGAAGAUUCGACUGCUGAAACCACAAAAAUCGAAGAACCAAAAAAUUUUUUCGAUGGUGAAGACUUAAAGCAAAUAAAGCCUUUAAAAUUACCUGAUUUAUUGCGUAUGAAUGAUCUAUUCUUUUUUGAAUUGUUGUCUACGGAUAAAAUUGUAAAAAAAUCUGACUGGGAUCGAGAACAGGGUAAUGCUUUAAAGAAAUUAAAGAAGCUACCACAAGCUGAAUCUACAAAUAGAAUUAAGUCUGCAUUCAAAACUAAGUUCCAAAUGCCUUCGCAUCAAAAAAUAUCGAGUAAUGAUUCAGAUGAGGAUGAAGAAGCAGAAAGCGAUAAAGAGGAUGACUCAAGCUGGAUUGAUGAAAGUUCAAGUGCUACUACUUCAGCUACUGUAUCCAAUUCGUCUUUUGACGAGCCAAGAGAUCGUAAACGUACGCGUAAAGUGAAAAUGUUACGAAAGUCUAAAAGAAGUAGUUCAUAUGCAUCAACAGAUAAGUUACAGAAAACGUUUAAAUAUGGAGAAAAAGUAGCCGUCGAAGCACUAGUUAUGCAUAGUAAAAUAACCAUAAUGUGGCAAGAUGGCACGAGAGAAACCGAUAUUCCUUCGACUGAAUUAUAUCAUAUUAAUCAAUUGGACACUCAUGAAUUUUUCCCUGGCGACUAUGUGAUGUAUGAAAAGGAUAGUAACGAUAUGACUUAUCGUGAUUAUGGUGUAAUUCAGUCAGUUGAUCAUUAUGGAAGAACGGCUCGUGUGAAAUGGUUUACAACAUACACCUACAGUGAAGAGCCCAAGCCUACCUAUAACGGUAUAACAGAGGAAAGUGUUUAUGACCUGAAAGAUCAUCCAGAUUUCCAAUAUCGCCCUGGUACAAUUGUCACACGUGUAGACAAUUUCGAUGUUGCGAAUAAUACAAAUGCUGCAGGUCAGAUCAUAAAUACUUGUCAAGAGGGCACUGUAAAGGUUAGAUGGGUAGACGGCAGUAUCACCUCCUGCUGGCCACAAGAUCUGUUUGAAGUUGUAGACCAUGAGCAUGAUGAGUACAGUGAAGCUUCUGAUGAUUCUUGGGAAACUCAAUCGGAAAACAGUGAAUACGGUGAUGAUCUCACUAUUAAAAUGUGUCCAUCGCAUACACUUACAAGCUUAGAAACGGCACGAGUUUCUUUAGCGCGAUUAGAAGAAAUUUUCCAUUUAAGUCCUAAUCUGCAAAGUACUGAAGUUAUGAAGAAACUUAUUCAUGCCUACAAAACCUGUCGUUCCUUAGAUCGUGUAAUGGAUACCAGAUUUUUCCACGAAGAAAACUUUAUGCUUAACAAUUAUUAA